UGCGCCAUCUUUGACGAUAUACAGCCCAUCUAUGUUAUUUUUGUUUUCAUAAAGUAUCGGAAAGUAUGAUACAACACUAAAUCCCGUUAAAUACCGCAAACAUCCAUUUAGUGUUUGCAUUUAACGCAGUGUAAUACUGUAAAACUUGCUGGGAAGACAUUUUAGUGAGAUGUCUCUUGUGGAUUUGGGAAAGCGUUUGUUGGAGGCAGCACGUAAAGGCCAAGAUGAUGAAGUGAGGUCUCUUAUGGCCAAUGGAGCACCUUUUACUACAGACUGGCUGGGGACCUCACCACUUCAUUUAGCAGCACAGUAUGGGCACUACUCUACAGCUGAAGUGCUCCUCCGUGCCGGCGUGAGCAGAGAUGCUCGCACCAAAGUCGAUCGUACCCCUCUUCACAUGGCUUCUUCAGAGGGACACUCAAGCAUUGUUGAAUUAUUAGUCAAGAGUGGAGCAGACAUCAACGCCAAGGACAUGUUGAAAAUGACUGCCCUGCACUGGGCUACAGAACACGGUCACAGAGGGGUCGUAGAGCUACUGAUCAAAUACGGUGCCGAUACUCAUGCCCUCAGCAAGUUUGAUAAGACACCUUUCAACAUUGCAGUGGACAAAGGAAACACUGAGCUUAUGCUCUUAUUACAGGAUGGAAUGCAGAACCAAGUGAACAUGAAUCCAGAGAGGACUAUCUUGAGCACAUCUCCAGCCAGUUCCAGUCCUCAGUUCAUCAUCUCAUCACCAGGAGGGGUCAAUCUCUCCGAUAUUGUUCUUACCAAUGCUAAAACUAACACGGCUGGCGAGAGUGUGAUAGCUUCUGACUCUGUGGACUCGGCUAUUCAGCACCUUGUAGGGGAAGAUGGCCAGAGAGUGAUAACCAUAGUAACAGACCAACAGGGCAGCCUGGGACAGAAGUUUUUUGUCACAAUGCAGGGACAACAAAUGGUUGCAGUGCCCGCCGGACAGAUUUCUGAAGAAAUCAUAACAGAGGACACCAAACCACUUCCAAAUCGAAAGAGGAAGUUUGAAUCAACAGUCAACCACACAGAUACCAAACAUAAGGAGCUCCCUGAAAAGGACAGUAGGGAACAGUUGGAGCAGCAGCUAAAGGAAGCGAACAGGAAAGCCCAGGAGUAUCGACAACAGUUACUUAGGAAAGAGCAGGAAGCAGAACAGUACCGGCUCAAACUAGAGGCCAUUACCAUAGGCCAGACCAAUGGCACUGGCACAGAGCCCCAAGAGGAAGUGGUCCUUCAGGAAGAGGAGGAGGAAGAAGAGGAGGUGGUUGGUGGAGAGGAAGUUGUCAUGUUGCCAGAGGGGGCCAUCAUCAUUAAGGAGGAGGCCCUUGACUCCACAGAAGGAGAGACAGUGACAUUAGUAGAUGCAGCAGAUAUAACAUCCACCUCAGAAGUCUCACCAUAACAGUACAUCCAAAGACUUAAAACACUCUGGAACUACAUAAACUCUUCAAGUCUGUGUACCUGGAGUUUCGGCAUGUAUUUAUUUAUUAUAAAUCAUAACCUUUUCUUUUUAUCCAUUGUUUUUUUUUUACUUGUUUUAAGAAAACAGUUGGGAUAAACCUCCACAAAGACUCAGCAGGAAUUACGAUAAAGUGGCAACCAUAAUCCUGAACUGUUCAGAUUUACAGAAAUACAGUAGGGAGAGGAGGCGUGUGGCCUUUAACAUGAAAUGUUUAAAGGGGCAAUAAGUAGGAUUUAAAGUGUUUUAUUAAUCAAAAUCAAUGUCUUUAUUCAUAAAUAAGUCCUCUUUGGUGUCAAAUGACCUCUUGCCAGUGAUCUGACUUUUCUUUGUAAGCUUAGAAUUUUUCCUUACAUUGAAUGGGUAAGUCCAAGAAGGCAUCCAUAUCGUUCCGCCGUAUUGCUAAACUAUAAUAGCAGAGAGGGACAAAAAGCACUAGCAUACCAACGCGUUUCCACAAUGCUUUUUUAUUCAGAACACGUGAACCAGCUGCAACAGACAAGGAGAUCAGCGAUUACAUAACGGCUACUAUAGUUGCAACACGCUUUUGAAAAGGGGAGGAGCUAGGGGGCACUGUUCGUUUGAAUGCAAAAUACAAUUUCACCACUAGAUGGGGGUAAAUCCUACUUAUUGCCCCUUUAAAGCAAGUUAUGUAUGUUUUGGUGAUAAUGCUCAAGCCACAUUUUUAACUUCAUACUUUAGUAAAGUUCACAUUGACAUGGUGGCAUUAAAUGGCAGAAUACCAAGCAUUAAUCAAAGAUAAGGCAGUUGUUGGUAUUGAACAGUAGUAGAAGUGGGCUAGUUGGCAAUGCUAACUUAAGUAGCUAUGUAAGUACUUAGUAAAAACUAUUAUGAUGCUUUUAGUUGUUGUUAAAAAUUACUGUUAAUCCAUUCUGAUGGAUGUUUUGCUUGUUUUUACUUUUGUUUUAUGAGAUACACUAAAUCAUGACUUUUAUUUUGUUGAUCUAAAGAAUAUGCAAUAUCUUUUGCAUGCAUUUCAUAGCUGGUUUUGUGUCUGUAUUCUUUUCUUCUGGUGUAUUUCCAGACGUCAGCAGGAUUUACAGUUGAUCAGUCCGGGAAGUUGCAGCAUUAGUUGUGUUGAAGAAUGCCAUUUGUGUCUUUGCAUGACAUUGAACAGUUUUAAAAUGUGAAUGAUUAUGAAUAUUGUUUUAACAUCAUGUUCUGUAGACAUUUUUCAUUUUAGAGAAAUAUGUUGGCAGUAUUUCUGUUGAGUUUUCCCAAGUACACAGCUAAUGUAUAACAUUCCUUAUUGAAUUUUAAGGGCUUUAUUGUUGUUCUAAUUAUGCUUUGUACAUAUGCAGAUAAUUCUGUUUCCUUUCAUUGAAACCCAUUGACAUUAUAUUAUUUAUUGAAUAGGUGCUUGGGUAAUUUUCUUGGCCAAUAUACUAUUUUCCCUCUUACUUUUUCAUGCACUGAAAAUUUCAGUUGUAUAUGAUGUUAUACAAUAUUGCUUUAGAGGUUCAGAAUAAUCUGACACAUAUUAACAAUUGGUAAUUGGCAAUUUAGUGUAAUUUUCAGACAUAGAAAAUAAUGUUUACAUAUUUCAUUGUUGUGGGGUAUUACAGAAUAGUCCAUAAUUUUUAAAUGUUUUUAGUGUGAAAUGCUUAAAGCUCCUUGAACUGUCAGGCAGACCCAAACAUGAGGCAAGAUGAACAGAUUUUCCUUAAUGUUACUCGUUUUUAUAAAUUUGCAUAUAUAUUUUUGUAAUAACACUAUUGGGUCCUGUCUUAAGUUGCAGUUAUAUUUCUGAUGUAAAUUAAACUUUCUGUUACAUACUAGUUUUAUAGGGGGAAAUGAAUAAUGUAAUAAAACACUCGUUAAAAAAACGUAUUCGC